UGUUUUGGGAUUUAUGUGUAGCACGUGAGUUAUCAAGUGUCGAAAAAUGGAUCGACUGAGACGCGCUAUCAGUAGAGAGGGGUACGAUGUGGAUGAUGAAGAACAAUCUAUUGUUUCUCAUCAGCCGACGAUACCAGAAGAGCCAUUGUCAACACCAAAGCCUCCAAACGUUAAAGGAUUUACCAUUUUCUUUUUAUUAGGACUUAUUUUUUCACUGGUUGGAUCAUUUUUUAUGUUUGGACCUAAUGGAAAACUUUUGUUUGGUGUAUUUUACUCGGUAGGAAAUGUAACAGCCAUUGCUAGCACAUGCUUCCUGAAAAGUCCAGCUGGACAGAUGAAAAAAAUUUUUUCUCGAUCUCGUUUGACAUCAGCUAUUUUUAUGUUGACUUGUUUAGUUCUUACUUUGUUUGCUGCUUAUUGGUGGGAAACACCAGGACUCAGCACUUUCUUCUGUUUGCUACAGUUUCUUGCUCUGACAGUUUACUCCUUUACAUUCAUUCCAGCAGCCAGGGAAGCUGUUAAGAAGUUUUUUGAAGCUUGUGCAAAUUAAAAAUGAAUUUGUGUAUUAUCAUGGCUUGAUGGCAUGUUAACAAAUGAUGUGGUUCCAUUAUUUUUAUCACUGUUUUUUGUCUUUAUUCAAUGAUUUAACCCAAAUUAUAUAUUUUUUUUUAUGUUUGGAUUUUUAGUUAUCAGAAACCUUCUAACAAAUAACAGCUUUUAAAGUUCAAAAAUGUAAGUGCAAAAUCUAAAAUUUAAAUGUUUUUUUUACUUUUAUGUUGUUGUUAAAUAUAUAAUUGCUGUAAUCAUGAUAAUAAAACUUAAAAAUCCACAUGAUUGAUUUCUAGAAACCAUAUGUACUGCAUACAGUAGCAGUGAGUUACUUGAGAAUCUGUUACUAUAGCAUCAAGAUGGUGCUUUUCAUUAUGAAAAUCAAGAUUGCUGUGGUUUCAUUACAGGCUGAGGCUUAAUCAUUUUCUUAAAUGGUGUUUAAACAUUUUUGGUUUUUGUUUAUGUGCAUUGAAAAUAGUAUAAAAUUGUUGUAAUAUUACAAAAUUUUUAUUCUUUGUGCCUCUGGAAUAUUAUAAAAUUGUUAUUCUUGAUAUGUGCCUUGAAAAUAGUAUAAAAUUGUUGGAAUAUUACAAAAUUUUUUUCUUAUGUGCCUCUGGAAUAUUAUAAAAUUGUUAUUGUUCCAUAUAGAGUUUCAGGUUGGAAUUGUUUAUGUAAAAAGGGUCAUAUAAUUUAUAUAAACAAAGUAUUAAGCAAGAGUAAACUUAUUUUUCUUCCAUGGUUGGCAUUCCACGAGUGCGUUUAAUUUUAGAAUCUCCUUGUAUGUGCAGUUAUUUUACAAUUCCCAACCCUAGUGUGCAAGAUGAGUUUUGAAUAUCAAUUAAGAAGAUGGUUGGUAAAGAAAAUCAAGUGUUAGGACAUUGAGCUAUAAUUGAAGAUAAUAUGUUCAAUAUGAGAAAAAAUGUAUUAAAACUAUUUUUAAGAUAGAAUAUCUACUGUAAAGUAAGGGGGGUUUAUGUUUGCAAUGUGAGAUCAUAUAUAUUAGUAGUCCUCAUGUAACGAAUGGCAAGUUAUUUAUAUACAUAUAGAUUAAUUGAUGUGUAUAGUUCUGUACAUGUGUUCAUAGUGAACUUGUAACCAAAUGCUAUUUACUGAUUAAAAGAAGUGUAGUAUUUUAUAAUUAACAUCAUUUUUUGGUAUAUUAACAUUUUCACUAUCAUAUAAUCUACAGAAUAAUAUGGAUUUAAAAGAUGUUAGUACUUAUAAACAAGCCUAUAGUCUUCCUGCUGUUCAGCUAUUUUAUACCUAAUUAUGAAAGAGUUUAAUACAGUACUAUAUGAAGCUUUUUUAUUAUUAUUAAAAAUUGUGUUGAAGAGAACUAAUUGUUGUAAAGUCAUUAUUUAACAUUUAGGGUCAUAAAUGUUAUAUACAAGUGUGCAGAAAAAAAUUUUGAGAUUGAAUGAAGGAUAUUUAAAUCAUGUUUGUCUUGUAAAGAAUUUCCUUUGUAGGUGUUGAACCAACAAAACUUUGGAUCAUUCUAUAUAUAUAUAUAUAUGUAUUUUGAAAAGCAAGGGAUAUUAUAUAUAUAUCUCAGUUUUAAAACUGUGUUAGCUGCCUGUCUUAAAGCAGUUCUGUGGCUUAAAACAUACUCCGUGAACCAUGUUGUUCAAAUUUACAAGGUAGUUUCAUAUAAUCUCAAAGAAAAUAACUCCCAUUUUUAUGAUGCUUCAAAAACAAGUAAUAACUUGAUAUUUGUAGUGAUUUGUAUUAAUUAUCCAUUUUUUUACCAAAGAAAAUUCAUGUUAGAUGUCAAGAAAAGUUUUGAAAUGUUUAUUUUUACUAUGUAUCUAUGAUUUCUUACUUUGGCAAUAUGAUAUUCUGAAACUGCAAAAGAAACAGCUGAUAGUCAAUGCAACUUUCCAAAGCUUUACUUUACCCUUUUGUUUUUUAGGCUUAAUAAACCAGGGUUACUGAUUUCAUACAAUUUGUUUAGUUCUUUAGCGGUAGUCAACUUUAGAGAGAUUUUGUUUCUUCAUAUGAUCGAUUUAAAUCGGCAGCUAUAUUUUUGUAAGCUUCAGUUUUAAAAGAAAAACUACUUUGGUAUCACAUGUCCAAAACUAAGAAGUGAUGUUCAGUGUUGUGUGUGAAAGUUUUAUUACAAGAUUACUGCAUAUAUGUGUUUGUUUAUUGUGGUUUUCAUUAUAAAAGUGUAAAGCUUAUAUUGAAGACACUUUUUUUCAAUACUUUAGUGUUUGGAAUGUAUAUUGUAAUAAUGUCUUGUGUGCUACAUAUAUUUUUGUACUAAAUUAAUAGAAGUUUAUUAAAUGCAAACAUUAACUGUUA